AUCGGCCUUCGAUAGCGUGUGUCAACUUGAAUUGUUUUGGUUUGUCCUCGCGGCUUUUCUUUGUUUUUGUGUUAUUUAUGAGGCUUUUCAACGAUGCUGCCCAAUCCCAACGAUAAGAAGGAUCGCUAUGCCAAAUUGUCCUUCCUUGGCGAGGGUCAGUUUGCCAUUGUCUAUAAGGCCCGGGACACGGUGACCAGCCAGAUUGUGGCCGUGAAGAAGAUCAAGAAGGGCUCCCGCGAGGAUGCACGCGAUGGCAUCAACAGGACCGCUCUGCGGGAGAUCAAGAUCCUGCAGGAGCUGCAGCACGAGAACAUCAUUGGCUUGGUCGACGUUUUUGGCCAGCUGUCGAAUGUUUCGCUGGUGUUCGACUUCAUGGAUACCGACCUGGAGGUGAUCAUCAAGGACCCGAAGAUCAUCCUGACCCAGGCGAACAUCAAGGCCUACGCCAUCAUGACGCUGAAGGGCCUGGAGUAUCUGCAUCUGAACUGGAUACUCCAUCGCGAUUUGAAGCCCAAUAACUUGCUGGUCAACAGCGAUGGCGUCCUGAAGAUUGGCGAUUUCGGUCUGGCCAAAUCGUUUGGCUCGCCGAAUCGCAUUUACACCCACCACGUGGUCACCCGCUGGUAUCGCUCGCCGGAAUUGCUUUUCGGCGCCCGGCAAUAUGGCACCGGUGUGGACAUGUGGGCAGUGGGCUGCAUUAUGGCGGAGCUGAUGUUGCGCGUGCCCUUCAUGCCGGGCGAUUCGGAUCUGGACCAGUUGACUCGCAUCUUCUCCACCCUGGGAACACCCUCGGAGGCGGAUUGGCCGCAUUUGGGCAAGCUGCAUGACUAUCUGCAGUUCCGCAACUUUCCGGGCACACCACUGGAGAAUAUCUUCACUGCAGCUGGCAAUGAUUUGAUCCACCUAAUGCGGCGCCUGUUUGCCAUGAAUCCACUGCGGCGAGUGUCCUGCCAGGAGGCCUUGAGCAUGCCGUACUUUGCCAACAAGCCCGCACCCACGGUGGGACCGAAGUUGCCCAUGCCCUCGGCCAUUUUGGCCGCCAAGGAGGGCGCCAAUCCGGUGGCCGGCGGGGAGAAGCCCGCGCUGAAGCGCAAGCUGGUCGAGACCACGGUGCGGGGCAAUGGAUUGGCCCAGAAGAAGCGGCUGCAGUUCUAGCACCUGCUUGAGGUACCGAUUAUUGUCAUUUGUAAUGCAUUGCACUCUCAGCGCAGCAUUUUCUACUAUAUCUUAAAUAUUUGUACAAGUAAUGUUUAAGCAAAGAACUCUCAAGAUUUGUUAUACAAUCCUUGCUACAAAAUGCCACAAGGAGUGCAAUGCAUUCCUAACACGCAUAACACA